CACGAGUCUCCAUUUAGUUCAAGCCAAUCAGCUCGAACAGCUACAUCAAAAUCUAAUACAAUAAUUUAUUAAUCGACAAGGCGCAAAAAACCAAUUGCAGGAAUUUCCAAACUCAAUUUAAAAUGCUCUCAAGAUCGUAUAUCGCUAUGUUCCUGCUGGCUAUCGUCUGCGUUGUCCAGCCAUCGUCGGGAGCAGUGAACAAUUAUGAGGAGCUGUGUCGUCUCUUCAAGAAUGGCACUUUGGUCCGCAAACCCGGCAGCUGCAGUGAGUACAUUGAGUGCAUCAACUAUGCGGGCACAAUGAAGAAGUGCAGCAAUGAUCUGGUCUUCAAUGCCAGCUCCGGAAAGUGUGAGGCCGCCACAGCAGCUAAUAGUGUUUACUGUGGCAAUCUCUGUGAGGGCUUGAAUGGCCUUUGGGUGGCCGAUCCAACAGAUUGUCAGAACUAUUUCUACUGUGACAAUGGCAAGAGUUUGGCUGGCCAUUGCGAGGGCUCUCUGCACUUCGAUGAGGCCAACCAGAUGUGUCAAUAUGGCGUCGAUUCGCUAUGCGUGGAUGUGGCCAACAUUUGUCAUCUGGUGCCGGAUAAAACCAAGUUCCGCCAGGAGAACGAUUGCAAUCAGUACUACGAGUGCAAGAGUGGCUCGCAUUCGCUCUCAACUUGCAGCAGUACGCAGUAUUUUGAUGUCGAAAGCGCAUCCUGUAAGGCCAAGUACUUAGUCUCUUGCACGGCGCACUCCAAGACGAAUGUGUGUCUAAAGACGUCGCUUUCAAGCUCAACGCCCAUCACAGGCUAUGUCGCAGAUGGUGCCACCUGUCGUGGCUACUUCUACUGUGGCAACUAUGGUACGGUACAUGACGUUGACCCCGUGUGGAGCCAGUGCCCGGAGGGUCUGUUCUAUGAUGACGCCGCCAAGAAAUGCAAUAUUGCCACUGAAGUGGUGUGCACAUACAAUCGCUGCGAUGGUCGGGGCACAAUGCUUGUGGCGAGCAGCUCGAACAAUUGCCACAACUUCAUUCGUUGUGUGGAUGGCGUAGCGACAGAGGAACGCACUUGCGACUGGGAUUACUUCUUUCACGAGCCAUCUCAGGCCUGUACUAGCAGAAUUAUCUACGACGGCUGCUGUGAUGGUCGCGAUUAGAAGAAAAAGCCGAGUUUAUUCUAUGUCAAAUGUUGAUUGAGCAAUAAACACAAAUGCAUGCACUUUAAACUGAGAACAUAUUGAAUUCAU